AUGCAUACUCUUGUUAAUCACUGAAACCUUGUGUUUUCUUUAUCAUUUCUCUUGUUGAUUUUCUUUUAAAACACCAUGGAAAUUGCUUCUUCAGUUGUUGCGAGCAUUACCGACUGCUUGUUAGGCGCAGCAGGCCGUCAGCUCGGCUACUUGUUUCACUACAACAACAACAUUGGAACGUUGGAAAAGCAAGCUAAGGAACUUGCAGGUAUCAGAGACAGGGUACAAGGACAAAUUGAAGCUGCUGAAAGGAAUCUUGAAAUUAUUGAAACUGAUGUGCAGAACUGGUGGGCAGAAGUUGAUAAAAUCUCUGCAGAAGCUGCAAAGUUUUUGGAAGAUGAAGUCAAUGCAAACAAGAGGUGUCUCAACGGGUGGUGUAUUAAUCCCAGAUCGCGUUACAGAUUCAGUAAGGAGGCGAACAAGAAGAAUCUUGUGAUUUCUCAGCUCCAAGAAAAAGGGAAAUUUGAGAAGGUAUCUCGUCCUGCUCCUCCUCCAGGAAUUAUUUAUCCGUCUGAGGUAUUUUCUGGAACUUUCGAAUCCAGAAAAUCAAUUAUGAAGCAAAUCUUGGAGGCCUUGGGAGAUGACAACGUCAGUAUCGUUGGAGUGUGUGGAAUGGGCGGUGUGGGUAAGACCACGUUAGUGACAGAAAUCGUCAAACAGGCAGGUGAAGAUAAGCGAUAUGGUGUUGUAGUGAUGACAACUGUGUCUCAAACCGUAAAUAUUAUGAAUAUUCAGGGGGAAAUUGCUCGGAUGCUGGGUUUCGAAAAAAUUUCGGAUCAUCCUGAAUCAGCAAGAGCAAGUUUGCUGUGGGAAAGAAUCAAGAAGGAAGAAAAGAUGCUUGUAAUAUUAGACGAUGUUUGGAGAAGAAUUGAGCUGAAUGAGAUUGGAAUUCCUUUUGGAAAUGACCAUAGAGGUUGCAAGAUUGUGCUCACCUCUCGAAGCAGAGAUGUAUGCGACGAAAUGGAUGCUCAACCGAUAUUUACGGUUGCAACGUUAUCAAAAGAAGAAUCUUGGGUCCUUUUUAAGGAGAAAGCUGGAGCAUGUGUUGACAACAGUGAUUUAAACCCAAUUGCCAGAGAGAUAGCCGCUGAAUGUGGUGGUUUGCCGAUUGCAGUUGUUACCAUAGCAAGAGCUUUGAAGAAUAAAAACAAGCAUGUCUGGACUGACGUGGCACGACAACUCAAAACGUCUACCCCAACAGACAUCCCAGGGUUGCAAGGAAGUGUGAUUUCAUCUUUGGAGUUGAGCAUCAAAUAUAUAGAGAGUGACGAUGCGAAAUCAUUGUUCUUCUUUUGUAGCUUAUUUCCAGAGGAUUUCGAAAUCUCAAUUACAGUUUUAGUGAGAUAUGGAGCUGGUUUGGGAUGGUUCAAAAAUAUUGAGACAAUGGAGGAUGCUAGACACAGAACACAUGCUAUUGUAAGUUCCCUUACCUCUUCUUUUCUCUUGAUUCAUGAAGAAAAUGACGAUGACGAUGACGAUGACGAUGAUAAUGAAGAUGAUGAUGGGUAUGUUAAAAUGCACGAUGUUGUACGUGAUGUUGCACAUAUAAUAGCACCUAAGUACAACCAAAUAUUCUUGGUGAAAGCUGGCAUUGUUUUAGAAGAGUGGCAUGAAAGAGAUACAUUUGAAAGUCUCACAUGUAUCUCAUUGAUGUCAAAUAAUAUUAAAGCUGUACCUAAUGGGAUUGAAUGCCCAAAGUUGCAGUCUUUACUAUUGCAAGAGAAUCAUGAAUUGGUUCUCCCUAACAAUUUCUUUCAAGGCAUGAAAGAUCUUAGAGUUCUAGACUUGAGUGAAACUCAAUAUUGCCACUCCCGAGUCACUUUCUUUGCUUGCAAAUCUUAAAACAUUGUAUCUUAAUCUUGCAAGUUGGGUGACUUAUCUAUAUCGGG